UUUUACUUUUUCACUUUGAGCAUUUCUGAACAUGUUCGCUUGACUAAAACCCUUUAAAAACCCUAGAGAAGAAAGUUACUUGUCUAUGGCGGUUCAGAGGAUCACUUCCACCGAAGCACAAGCUUCGAAGAAGGUUUCGAAUGACCAUUUCUUUUUAUGGAGAGAGUUUGUGUGGGGAGCUGUUGCUGGUGCCUUUGGAGAAGGAAUGAUGCAUCCAGUGGAUACCAUUAAAACCCGACUACAAAGUCAAGCUAUUCUAAAUGGACUUCAGAACCAGAAAAACAUAUUGCAGAUGGUGCGAUAUGUCUGGCAGGUUGAUGGACUAAAAGGCUUUUACAGGGGUGCAAUACCUGGUAUUACUGGAUCUCUUGCGACUGGUGCAACAUAUUUUGGUGUCAUAGAGUCCACAAAAAAGUGGAUUGAGGAUUCACAUCCUAGUCUUAGGGGCCACUGGGCGAAUUUCAUUGCUGGAGCUGUUGGAGACACUCUAGGUUCCUUUGUGUAUGUUCCAUGUGAAGUGAUAAAACAACGGAUGCAGGUUCAAGGCACAGUUACGUCUUGGAGUUCGGUUGCUGUGAAAAAUGGCAAAGCAAUUAAGCCUGGCGCACAGAUAUAUAGUUAUUAUACAGGGAUGAUCCAUGCAGGCUUCUCAAUAUGGAAAACACAGGGCUUAAAAGGUUUAUAUGCAGGAUAUUUAUCUACUCUGGCAAGGGAUGUUCCGUUUGCUGGCCUAAUGGUCAUGUUCUAUGAAGGUUUGAAAGACGUUAAAGAAUAUGUAGAGCAAAGAGGGAUAUAUAGCCCAAAUUUGCGUGUUAACCAUUCAUUCGAGGGACUGGUUUUAGGAGGAUUAGCGGGUGGUCUCAGCGCAUAUCUUACUACUCCUUUGGACGUUGUGAAAACAAGACUGCAAGUGCAGGGUACAACUUUGAGGUAUACUGGUUGGUUGGAUGCAAUUUGCAGUAUAUGGGCCGCAGAAGGCAUGAAGGGAAUCUUUAGGGGUGGUAUCCCCAGGAUUGCGUGGUACAUUCCGGCUUCAGCACUUACAUUCAUGGCUGUGGAAUUUCUCAGAGAUCAUUUUAAUGAAAGAUUGCCCAAUGAUAACUUGCGAGAUGUUAGCAGAUUAUCAGUAGACAAGAAAUCACUGCAGGAAGUUGCUUAGAAGAUUCUCAUCGAAUCACGCUUUACUUCCCAUCCAGAUUUUUACGAAGAGGGGAGGAGGUUGUAUAUCAAAAUUUUGGACAUGCUCAAAUAAGUCAUAAUUAGAUCCCCAUUAUUGUGAACAUACGCAAUUGCAAAGAAAUCACAUUCAAAAUGAAAUCGUAAACUUGUUCAAA